AUUGUCAAGCAACAGUGGAAUCAAGACUUGGCCGAACCAAUUCAACAGAUGUCAAGAAACAACCAAUCUCACGACAGGGAAUUGGUUCCAUUUACGACUCUAGGUCACAAAAAAAAGGCUGAAGAACUGCUUUAUGAAAAGCGUCAAUACGAGAAAGCAAAAUGGGCUUGUGUAAUACAGAAUAAAGCAAGCUAUGAACAGAGCACAUGCCUGGGAUUUAUGAAAUUAAUGAAAUACAUCUGCCAACAAAACUCAGCAGGUCACUUCCUGGGAAUUACACUGCCUAUCGUUACCAUUGUGCACACCAACCGGACCAGAACAGAGCUCCAGCCUGAAGUAACCACUGCUUAUUACCUGCCAGCACAAUUUCAAAAUCGGACACCUCAACCUUUUGAUGCUGAAAUUGCGAUAGAGGAAUGGCCUGCUCACAUUAUGUACACUAGACCCUUUAAUGGCAACUCCACUGAAGAGUCAAUUCUCCAACAGAUUAACCAGUUAGUACAGCACCUUGAUGCUCCUGAACAGUUCCUGCAGGAUACCUUCAUCGUUGCUGCUUAUAACAACCCUGCUGCUCCAAAUCUACACAACGAAAUCUGGUUUAUUCAUAGACCUUGAGUAAAUCAAAGAGGUCUGGUAUGAAGCACAGACCUUGGGCAGUGACUAAUUUUUUGAAAAUAUGAAACUAAUGUGCUAGCAUGAACUUAAAUGUAAACUCACAUUGAUAAAAACGCAAAAACACUAACAUGAAAGACAUAACAUAUUAAAAUGAUCAGAUUGAUUUCUAAAGAAAA